AUGUCAGUGCUGACAGAAUUAGAGCUCUCAAACGACAAACUUUUACCUCAGCGCUGUGUCAACUGUAACAGUAACGAUGACAUGGAUGAUAUACCCAAAGUAGAAGUUACUGGGUGGCGAUUGGUGUUGUUGGCCUUUGAAAGAUUUGUGAAGUUGACCAUCAUGAUGUUCGGAGUGUUCUUGGGCGUGAAAGGAACGUUGAGAGCUGUUGUUAAUGGAGUAGGUGUUUUAACCAUACAUUUAGUGUGGCGCUAUAUCAUGAUUACUAUGUAGAUUUCUUUCUUUGUUACUAAAAACAAUAAAUCUCAAAAAAAGGGAAUUGACAUGUACUUAGGUACAUAUUACUUUUUUCAUUAUGAUUUCACGCUACGGCCAAUUAGUAUUAUAUGUAUAAGACGUUUACAAUGUUGUUUUAUAGUAGUUACAGGUGUUAUAGCAUAACAGAGAAGUAAUUUUACGUUAGAUGUCUACUAAAAACCAUAAAGUAUUGACAAAAUAACAAGAUAUAAAGGCGAAUAAUAGGAAGUAAAAUUGAAAUUUGUUGCUGUAUAAUAUGACAAAACAGAAAGUAACUAUUAUAAUGAUUUUUAUGGUUACUAUGAUACAUGAUUUACCAUAGGAAAUGAUAUAUGAACUAGUACGCAUACAAAGAUCUGAAAAAUAUGCUUUGAUCAUGAACAUUACCAAUCAAAUUACAGAAUGAACUAAACACCAUCUUGGCCAUCUUCAGCACUCUCAGCCCGUUAUACUUGACCUCAGCUUACAUUUACACAAAGAUACGAUCGCUAAAAGACUGGAGUGCCAUUACCAUUAGGAUUCACAUAUAUACACGUAGGUUUUACCAAAGUUUUAUACUUACUUUGCAAGUAUAUAACCUUUUACCAGUAUAUCCUUCAUCGUAUAUUCUUUUUCAUAUUUGAAGUCUGAUAGUGUACAUAUCAAUACUAAUUAUCACCUUUAUGUCUAUGUUUAUAUCCUCAUACUGUAUCUUGUUUACUUUCGUGCAAUUAAUUACAAAAUUGUAGUAGGAUUACAACGAAAUUAAUUAGAAGAUACGUGAGAAAAUUAAAAAAAUAUUUCUAUAUAUUUUUUAAAACUGUAAAUAGUUGUAAAAUUGCACGAUACUUACAACUAUUUGUUUAUCAUAACAUCACAAUUGGAACAUUUUUUGACAUUUUAAAAUUAUAUUAACCACAAACUAGAUACAGUUUGUAUUUGAUUUUGGCGCUCCCUUAUUUAAAGCACCCAUCCAACCUAUUUGACACACCCAAGUUUCGUUCUUAUUAUACACACCCAAAUUUGAAUAAUCCACAAAAUCUAAAAAUUGCUUUUUGCAAUUGUGAUUUCUUUUCAUUUUGAAAAUUAACUCUGUUCCCGUGCGGUAGCGCGGAUAUGGAAAAAACGUCUUGGAGAGCUCACUCCUGUUUAAGUUGACGAUCGUCAAGACUGGCCAACCAAAAGUGGACAAUCGUGGAUCAUCGGUUAUGUAGCACAAAAUGGGAAUGCAAAAGCAUCGGUAAUCUCGGUAAGUCUUUCGAUUCAGACAAUUUCUUUAGUUUCCGUCCAAGUUGAACCACAACAGCCAGUUUCAACCUACCAACCCCUGAGAUGACACCUCCAACCUCAUAGAUGACACCCCCACCUCAUACAUGACACCCCCACCUCUUAGAUGACACCCCCACUUCUUAGAUGACACCCCCACCUCACAGAUAACACCCCCACCUCUUAGAUGACACCCCCAUCUCUUACAUGACACCCCCACCUCUUAGAUGACACCCCCACCUCUUAGAUGACACCCCCACCUCUUAGAUGACACCCCCAUCUCUUACAUGACACCCCCACCUCUUAGAUGACACCCCCACCUCACAGAUAACACCCCCACCUCUUAGAUGACAUCCCACCUCUUAGAUGACACCCCCACCUCUUAGAUGACACCCCCACCUCACAGAUAACACCCCCACCUCUUAGAUGACACCCCCACCUCACAGAUAACACCCCCACCUCUUAAAUGACACCCCCACCCCUUAGAUGACACCCCCAUCUCUUAGAUGACACCCCCAUCUCUUAGAUGACACCCCCACCUCUUAGAUGACACCCCCACCUCACAGAUAACACCCCCACCUCUUAGAUGACACCCCCAUCUCUUACAUGACACCCCCACCUCUUAGAUGACACCCCCACCUCUUAGAUGACACCCCCACCUCUUAGAUGACACCCCCACCUCACAGAUAACACCCCCACCUCUUAGAUGACACCCCCACCUCUUAGAUGACACCCCCACCUCUUAGAUGACACCCCCACCUCACAGAUAACACCCCCACCUCUUAGAUGACACCCCCACCUCUUAGAUGACACCCCCGCCUCUUAGAUGACACCCCCACCUCUUAGAUGACACCCCCACCUCUUAGAUGACACCCCCACCUCUUAGAUGACACCCCCACCUCUUAGAUGACACCCCCACCUCACAGAUAACACCCCCAUCUCUUAGAUGACACCCCCACCUCUUAGAUGACACCCCCACCUCACAGAUAACACCCCCAUCUCUUAGAUGACACCCCCACCUCACAGAUAACACCCCCACCUCUUAGAUGACACCCCCACCUCUUAGAUGACACCCCCGCCUCUUAGAUGACACCCCCACCUCUUAGAUGACACCCCCACCUCUUAGAUGACACCCCCACCUCACAGAUAACACCCCCACCUCUUAGAUGACACCCCCACCUCUUAGAUGACACCCCCACCUCUUAGAUGACACCCCCACCUCUUAGAUGACACCCCCACCUCACAGAUAACACCCCCAUCUCUUAGAUGACACCCCCACCUCACAGAUAACACCCCCAUCUCUUAGAUGACACCCCCACCUCACAGAUAACACCCCCACCUCUUAGAUGACACCCCCACCUCUUAGAUGACACCCCCGCCUCUUAGAUGACACCCCCACCUCUUAGAUGACACCCCCACCUCUUAGAUGACACCCCCACCUCACAGAUAACACCCCCACCUCUUAGAUGACACCCCCACCUCUUAGAUGACACCCCCACCUCUUAGAUGACACCCCCACCUCUUAGAUGACACCCCCACCUCACAGAUAACACCCCCAUCUCUUAGAUGACACCCCCACCCCUUAGAUGACACCCCCACCUCUUAGAUGACACCCCCACCUCUUAGAUGACACCCCCACCUCACAGAUAACACCCCCAUCUCUUAGAUGACACCCCCCCCCCUUAGAUGACACCCCCACCUCUUAGAUAACACCCCCACCUCACAGAUAACACCCCCUCCUCUUAGAUGACACCCCCACCUCACAGAUGACACCCCCACCUCACAGAUAACACCCCCAUCUCUUAGAUGACACCCCCACCCCUUAGAUGACACCCCCACCUCUUAGAUAACACCCCCACCUCACAGAUAACACCCCCUCCUCUUAGAUGACACCCCCACCUCACAGAUAACACCCCCAUCUCUUAGAUGACACCCCCACCCCUUAGAUGACACCCCCACCUCUUAGAUAACACCCCCACCUCACAGAUAACACCCCCUCCUCUUAGAUGACACCCCCACCUCACAGAUGACACCCCCACCUCACAGAUAACACCCCCACCUCUUAGAUGACACACCCACCUCUUAAAUGACACCCCCACCCCUUAGAUGACACCCCCACUUCUUAGAUGACACCCCCACCUCACAGAUAACACCCCCACCUCUUAGAUGACACCCCCACCUCUUAGAUGACACCCCCACCUCUUAGAUGACACCCCCAUCUCUUAGAUGACACACCCACCUCUUAAAUGACACCCCCAUCUCUUAGAUGACACCCCCACCUCACAGAUAACACCCCCUCCUCUUAGAUGACAUCCCCACCUCACAGAUGACACCCCCACCUCACAGAUAACACCCCCACCUCUUAGAUGACACACCCACCUCUUAAAUGACACCCCCACCCCUUAGAUGACACCCCCACCUCUAAGAUGACACCCCCACCUCACAGAUAACACCCCCACCUCUUAGAUGACACCCCCACCUCUUAGAUGACACCCCCACCUCUUAGAUGACACCCCCACCUCUUAGAUGACACCCCCACCUCUUAGAUGACACCCCCACCUCUUAGAUGACACCCUCACCUCUUAGAUGACACCCCCACCUCACAGAUAACACCCCCACCUCUUAGAUGACACCCCCACCUUUUAAAUGACACACCCACCUCUUAGAUGACACCCCCACCCCUUAGAUGACACCCCCACCUUUUAGAUGACACACCCACCUCUUAGAUGACACCCCCACCCCUUAGAUGACACCCCCUCCUCUUAGAUGACACCCCCACCUCACAGAUAACACCCCCACCUCUUAGAUGACACCCCCAUCUCUUAGAUGACACCCCCACCUCUUAGAUGACACCCCCACCUCACAGAUAACACCCCCACCUUUUAGAUGACACACCCACCUCUUAGAUGACACCCCCACCCCUUAGAUGACACCCCCAUCUCUUAGAUGACACCCCCACCUUUUAGAUGACACACCCACCUCUUAGAUGACACACCCACCUCUUAAAUGACACCCCCACCUUUUAUAAUAAUUGACACAUCCAACUUUCAGAUGGCUCACCAGCCUCAUAGAUGACACACCAACUUCAUAGAUGAUACUCCAACUUCUUCGAUGGCAAACGAAGCUCCCGAAAAGCUGAUGAAAUCUUAAUUGGACGAGUCCAUUUUGCGUUACAACAACCGAACUUCGCUUCUGGACUCAUUUUACAAUGGAAUUUGUAAAUUUAUAAAUUUGAACAAAUGGGUGCUUGAAAUAGGUGGUGGGUGUGUUCUCUCAGAGAGCCCCUUGAUUUUUAGUGAUACAAGAGCCAAAAUGCUACAAACGUCAGUUCUAUAAACUUUUUGAUCAAAGUAAUCCAUAUUUAAAUGAAACUUAAUCUAAAAAAAAUAUUUUUAAAUCCUUCCUCUCACAACUCAUUUUCAGAUGUGUUUCUAGCCUUCUUUGCCAUCUUUGCAGCAUCGUGUACCAUGCUGAUAUGCAUCAUGUUAGAACUAAAUGGCCUUGACUCCUCUGAAUAUUGGGAAGCCACAUUCUGGAUGGUCCACGCCUUCUUCUGGGAGACCAUAACAUGGAUUACACUCCGGAAAUACAUAUUACAAUUGUGCAGUAAGAAGAUACGAUUAUGUCGUGUGGAAACCAUCGAUUCUGAAUUCAGCACAGAGAUCGAACAUCUAACUCAACAUGACGACAUGAUCGUUUAA